UGUUCGCUCAUCCGUAGCCAUUUUGGCUCAAACUAUUUUGGCUCAAGCCAUUUUGAUUCAAGCAAUGACGCUGAGCGUGCCGCUUGUCGCCUCGCUGCCCAUCUCUCUUUGAAACCAAUGCCCUCGCAAGUCCUUAAAAUACACUGCAAGCCAAGUAAGUACUUCAGUGCUGGAUACAUACUUCGCAUCCUCUGUUCGCAUGUUGUCCUCCCCCUUCUUUUUUUGUUGUUGUCGUGAAGCAUGGCGCGGGUAAACUCGUCAAUGCAUGGUCGUCCGGGCUUGCUUGCUAUCCAAAGUUCUGGUGCCACGGGUCCGUCCCGAUGUCAUGUGUUCCUAAUUUGACUGGUCAGAACAAUGUGGUUGGUCAGAGCACUGUGACUGCUCAGAGCACGGUGACAGGUCAAGACAUGGAGCAAGUUCGUAAUGUGAUUGGUCAGGACAAUCUGACUGGUCAGAGCACUGUGACUGGUCAGAGCAAUGUGACUGGUCAGGACACGGAACGUGUUCGUAAUGUGACUGCUCAGAGCAUUCGGGCAUGGCCACGUCCGCUCACAGUUUUCUACCAUGUGUUUCAAAGCAAUAGCGGGGAAGAAGCCGAAGAUUUGACAACUUCCAUUGUCACAGAACAAUUGUCUACGAUGCGGUCCUCGAAGGCUUUCGGCCAAGGCGUGAAAUUGAUGUCAACGUUCAUAGGCCCUAGGAACAGCGGCGUGACAGCACUGCUCGAAUGUCCCACGUGCCAGUUGCUGGAGUCGUCACAGACUGGGGACGAGUCUUCUACACUGCAGCACCUUCAUGAUUACUGUUCCAAACACCACUCCGAGCGUGUGGUGUACAUGCAUUCCAAAGGAACUUUCCAUCCAGGUCCGUUUAACAACAAUAUAAGGCGAUUCCUCAUGAAGGGAAUCUGGUCCGAUGCGUGUCAUUCUCAGGACAUGUUCCAAAAGUGCACCGCGUGUGGCAGCCGCUUCAGCCCUAUGCCGCACCAGCACUAUCCAGGGAAUAUGUGGUUGGCCAGAUGUGAUUACGUCUCCCGCCUGAUUCCGCCCUUGAAGUUUGAGUCGGCCAUGGCGUCGGUUGUGCGGACCGCCGUCGAGAAAGGCGUGCUGUCUGGCUUUCUCAGGCAUUCAUAUUUUGGUUUGGAUCGAUUCUCUGCGGAACACUGGUUGGGCUCGCAUCCGAGCCACGCUCCUUGCGACGUAUGUGGCAAUCCCAGUUACACUUGGGAUUUUAGGAAUCAUCCUGAAUUUCGACAGGAACACUAUCGGGUGACUUGGGCCCCCAAGCUGUUCGCGGAUCCGAGGCCAGGCAUGCCGUUGCGCGCUUUCUGUCACUCGUGCGGCAAAGUCGGAGCCAUAUGCAACGUGACGAGAUUGAAGUUGUGGCGGCUUUUCGAGUGGGAGUUCUUGUACCCCGACCAUCAAUCACAGAGGGGCGCUUUGUGGGAGUAUUACCGCGCAGGCGCGGGUCUCUGCGGAUGA